GUGACCCAUUUCAUUUAAAAUCCCACAACCAAAACCAGUAGCUAACCAGUGGUAGUACUAGUAGUUGUUAGUACCAUCCCCACUUCAGUAUUCCAAUUCAAUUCUUUCAUUAAAUAUAAAAUAUAAAAUAUAUUGUAACACCGACGCGGAAUUUAGAUCCUCUUUUGCUCAGAUCUAGUCUAGACUAUAGACUACUACUUUCUGUCGUUUUGCUUUUGUGCUCAUACUUGAUACGAUACUCGUUUCUCUUCUCUUCUCGUUUCAUUUUCAGAUUGAUUUUUUAAAAAAAGAUUUUUGGCUGAGAAGGUUUCUCCAAUGGCGGUGGCCGUUCGAGGAAGCCGUGGCGGAGGAGGUGGAUUGGGUUUUGGUGGGUUCAGUCUCCGGAGCUUCUUCUCGUACCGGAUCUUCGUUUCUGCUAUGUUUUCGCUUCUCUUCAUUGCCACGCUUUCUGUUCUCCUUACGACAAAUCCUUCCACUCCACACCACCGUGAUUCUGCACUUCCGAGUAAUGGUAACGCGUACGUACAUAGAACGUUUCUUGCUUUGCAAUCUGACCCGUUAAAAACCAGAUUAGAUUUGAUUUAUAAGCAAGCAAGUGAUCAUAUGACUUUGGUGAAUGCGUAUGCGGCUUAUGCUAGAAAGCUUAAGCUUGAUAUAUCUAAACAUUUGAGAUUGUUCAAUGAUUUGGCUUCGGACAUCUCGGAUCUUCAAAUGAAACCGACUUACCGCUCGUCCUUGUUUGAAUCCGAUGGUCCUGUUGAUGAGGAUGUUUUAAGGCAGUUUGAGAAGGAGGUGAAAGAUAAGGUGAAAACUGCACGAGCAAUGGUUGCGGAAUCGAAAGAGAAUUAUGAUACUCAGCUGAAAAUUCAGAAGUUGAAGGAUACCAUUUUUGCAGUUAAUGAGUUGCUUACAAAGGCAAAAAAGAACGGUGCUUUUGCGAGCUUGAUUGCUGCAAAAUCAGUGCCAAAGAGUUUGCAUUGUCUUGCUAUGAGGCUUGUAGGGGAAAGAAUUUCAAAUCCAGAGAAGUAUAGGGAUGAGGGGCCAAAGCCUGAAUUUGAAGAUCCAAGUUUGUAUCAUUAUGCAAUUUUCUCAGAUAACGUGAUUGCAGUAUCAGUUGUAGUUAGAUCUGUCGUGAAGAAUGCUGCAGAGCCUUGGAAGCAUGUUUUCCAUGUGGUUACAGACAGGAUGAACCUUGCAGCAAUGAAAGUUUGGUUUAAGAUGCGGCCAGCGGAAGGAGGUGCCCAUGUGGAGGUGAAGGCAGUGGAGGACUAUACGUUCUUGAAUUCUUCUUACGUGCCGGUUUUGAGGCAGCUUGAGUCAGCUAAUCUGCAGAAGUUUUACUUUCAGAAUCAACAAGAGAAUGUAACGAAGGACACAAGCAACAUGAAGUUCAGGAACCCCAAGUACUUGUCAAUGUUGAAUCACCUUCGAUUUUAUUUGCCAGAGAUGUAUCCGAAGCUGCACAAGAUUCUCUUUCUGGAUGAUGAUGUCGUUGUGCAGAAAGACUUGACUGGGUUGUGGAAGAUUGAUUUGGAUGGAAAAGUAAAUGGGGCUGUUGAAACCUGCUUUGGUUCCUUCCAUCGAUACGCCCAAUAUUUGAAUUUCACACACCCUCUAAUCAGAGAUAAGUUUAACCCCAAGGCUUGUGCUUGGGCUUAUGGAAUGAAUAUAUUUGAUCUUGAUGCUUGGAGGCGUGAGAAAUCCACAGAGCAAUACCAUUACUGGCAGAACUUGAACGCAGAUCGUACACUAUGGAAACUUGGGACUCUUCCACCGGGCUUGAUCACCUUCUACUCAACAACAAAGUCAUUGGAAAAAUCUUGGCAUGUGCUUGGACUUGGAUACAACCCUAGUAUAAGUAUGGAUGAAAUCAACAAAGCCGCAGUCAUUCACUACAAUGGAAACAUGAAACCUUGGCUCGACAUUGCUAUGAACCAGUAUAAGAAUCUUUGGACUAAAUAUGUGGAUAAUGACAUGGAAUUUGUGCAAAUGUGCAAUUUUGGCUUAUAGACAACUACUAUCUAGAUUGCUCUGAAUCGUUCUUCAGGUGACAUAAAAUACAGAACUUUCGGUAAUUAUCUCUCAUGUUUACUUGUUCUCACAUGUUUUGGACCCUUUCCUAGUUGCAACCCUCAGAGCGAAGCUCAGUGAUUCUUUGUUUUUGGUGGAAAAUGGUGUCUGGUAAUUCUUUCUUUUAUUGUUCAAUCAGUAAUUCACGUCAACUAUGGAUGUGUAAACAAUGAGAUCGAGUAAUGUAUACGGUGCAAUGAAUUUUUGGUUAUUUUGCCAUAUUGUAAGAUUAAGAUACAGAUUGCAGGCUGAUAUGACUUAUCAUAUCCAAUUAGUGUACUUUCAUAUUCUUUUCCCAUA